AUGAUGAACGAUCCAACAAAAAAAGCGUCAGAAGAGGAGUUGGAGAAGCAGUACGCCGACUAUCGAGCACAAUUUGAGCACUGGAAGGAGACUAAUAAAGGAUCCGUCGGUACCGAAGCUUAUAAUCAGUAUGUGUCUCAGUUCGAGCAGUGGGAGAAAGAGGUGACAGCGAGAAAAGCGCAGGUUCAACGAAUCCAGACUCGAAAAGUGAUGGAUAUCGAAGCAGAAGCGGCAGCCGCCUACGCUCAAUCCCAGGAAGCGUACGUGUCUCAUCACCUGAAAGCCAUGGAGCAAGCAGAAAUGCAUCAGAGGGCUGCAGCAGCAGCCGCAGCAGCAGCGGUGGCUGCUCAACAGCAACAGCAUAUGAUGCAGAGUAUGAUGAUGAGGCAAACAGCAGAACCAGCAGCUCCAAUUUCGGAACGCGAUCUCUUCCUACGAACAAUGAUGGAAGGCUCCGGUGGUUACCAUGGUGAUCAGCCGCUUCCACAGCUUUGGGGGAAUAGUAGAGCACCGUAUGACGGCAGGGAUCCACUAUACGCGAAAUGGGGAGAACGGGCGGCGCCGACACAUAUCAAGCCAGAAGCCACGAAUAAGCCAGUGAACCCGGUUGCCUGCUGGGCCCUCCUCGAUGCGCUCCGUGAGAAGAAAAUGGUGCUGGCACCACACUCGAGCAAUUGUCCACCGCCUCCAUUCCAUGGAGGGCCACCUCCGCCAUUAUGA